ACCGGAUGCUGGGCAUGUACCAUCGGGUGCCUGGCGGGGGUGAUGAGUCGGAGCGACCGGCUCGGCGCCUGCCUGUCCCUCUCAGCUUGAACUCCUUCCUUCAAGUGUGAGCCCUCGAGGCUUCCAGAGGGGGCUCCAGGAGAGCUGUCUCGGUUCCCCACGCCAGCCGUCUCCGUCCUCCGCCUCCUCCGGGCUUGGCAGGUGGCACAGUCCGGAGGCGGAGCCUUGGGGAAGGGGUGGUUGUGACGGAGGACGGAACCAAGCGGGACUGCGGCCUCACCAUGGACCCCGAAUGCUCCCGGCUGCUCCCUGCUCUCUGUGAUGUUCUGGUAGAUCCCAGGCAGCCGGUGGCAGAUGACACCUGUUUGGAGAAGCUGCUGGACUGGUUUAAAACUGUCACUGAAGGAGAGUCCAGUCUCGUGCUGCUGCAGGGGCACCCCUGCCUGGUGGAGCUGCUGUCCCAUGUGCUGAAAGUCCAGGACCUGAGUCCCGGGGUCCUCUCCUUCUCUCUGCGCCUGGCAGGAACCUUCGCAGCCCAGGAAAACUGCUUCCAGUAUCUUCAGCAGGGGGAGUUGCUACCAGGGCUCUUUGGGGAGGCAGGACCCCUCGGCCGAGCAGCCUGGGCCGUCCCCACCGUGCGCAGCGGCUGGAUCCAGGGCCUGCGCUCCCUGGCACAGCACCCCAGCGCCCUGCGCUUCCUGGCCGACCACGGUGCAGUCGACACCAUCUUCUCCCUACAGGGAGACUCCAGCCUGUUUGUGGCCUCGGCGGCCAGUCAGCUCCUGGUGCACGUCCUGGCUUUGUCCAUGCGAGGUGGAGCCGAGGGGCACCCCUGCCUGCGGGGGGAUGACUGGCCCGCGUGUGCCCAGAAGAUCACAGAUCAUGUGGAGGAGUCCUUGUGCUGUACGGCCACCCCCAAGGUCACUCAGGCCCUGAACGUCCUGACCACGACCUUCGGGCGCUGCCAGAGCCCCUGGACGGAAGCCCUGUGGGUGCGGCUGAGUUCCCGCGUGGCCUGUCUGCUGGAGAGAGACCCCAUCCCCGCCGCACACUCGCUCGUGGACCUGCUUCUCUGUGUGGCUCGUUCUCCUGUGUUCAGUUCUUCUGACGGCGGCCUGUGGGAGAUGCUGGCGCAGGCUCUGAGCUGCCUGGGUCCCACCCACGUGGGACCCCUGGCUUUGGGGAUCCUGAAGCUCGAGCACUGCCCACAGGCACUGAGGACCCAGGCCUUCCAGGUCCUCCUCCAGCCCCUGGCCUGUGUCCUGAAGGCCACAGUUCAGGCCCCCGGACCCCCAGGCUUGCUGGACGGGACGGCAGACGAUGCCACGACGGUGGACGCGCUCCUGGCCUCCAAGUCGUCCUGUGCGGGCCUCCUGUGCCGCACCCUGGCUCACCUGGAGGAGCUGCAGCCGCUGCCCCAGCGCCCGUCGCCGUGGCCCCAGGCGUCCCUGCUGGGGGCUGCAGUGACUGUCCUGCGGCUCUGUGAUGGCUCAGCUGCCCCCGCCUCCAGCGUGGGGGGCCACCUCUGUGGGACUCUGGCGGGCUGUGUCCGGGUCCAGCGAGCAGCCCUCGACUUCCUGGGGACGCUGUCAGAGGGGACAGGCCCCCAGGAGUUGGUGACACAGGCGCUUGCUGUCCUCCUGGAGUGCCUCGAGAGCCCCGGCUCCAGCCCCACGGUUCUGAAGAAGGCCUUCCAGGCCACACUCCGGUGGCUUCUGAGCUCACCCAAGACCCCUGGCUGCUCUGAUCUUGGCCCCCUCAUCCCGCAGUUCCUCAGAGAGCUGUUCCCUGUGCUGCAGAAACGCCUGUGCCACCCCUGCUGGGAGGUGAGGGACUCCGCCCUCGAGUUCCUGACCCAGCUGAGCAGGCACUGGGGAGGACAGGCCGACUUCAGAUGCGCCCUCCUGGCUUCAGAGGUGCCUGAGCUGGCCCGGCAGCUCCUCCAGGACCCUGAGAGUUACGUCCGAGCGAGCGCAGUGACCGCCACGGGGCAACUUUCCAGCCGGGGCCUGCACGCCCCCACCAGCCCUGAGUAUGCAGGGGCCCAGCAGAGCCUGUUCCCGGAGCUCCUGCACAUCCUCUCCGUGGACUCGGAGGGCUUCCCACGGAGGGCGGUCAUGCAAGUCUUCACCGAGUGGCUGCGGGACGGCCACGCCGACGCAGCCCAGGACACGGAGCAGUUCGUGGCCACUGUGCUGCAGGCGGCAAGCCGGGACCUGGACUGGGAGGUCCGCGCCCAGGGCCUGGAGCUGGCGCUGGUGUUCCUAGGCCAGACGUUGGGGCCGCCACGUACCCACUGCCCCUAUGCCGUGGCCCUACCCGAGGUGGCCCCAGCCCGGCCACUCACCGAGGCACUGAGGGCUUUCUGCCACGUGGGGCUCUUUGACUUCGCCUUUUGUGCCUUGUUUGACUGCGACCGCCCCGUGGCGCAGAAGUCCUGUGACCUCCUCCUCUUCCUGAGGGACAAGAUUGCUUCCUACAGCAGCCUGCGGGAGGCCGGGGGCGGCUCCAACACUGCCUCAGUGGAGGCCGCCCUGCCGAGGUGCCGGGCGGGUGAGCACGCCCAGCCCCCAGGGGACCAGGAGCCUGAGGCUGUGCUGGCCAUGCUCAGGUCCCUAGACCUGGAGGGCCUGCGGAGCACACUGGCCGAGAGCAGCGACCACGUGGAGAAGAGCCCCCAGUCCCUCCUGCAGGACAUGCUGGCCACGGGGGGCUUCCUGCAGGGGGACGAGGCUGACUGCUACUAAGUAGAACCAGAUUCUGCCACUGGGGUUCAGGACUGAGGAAGGCAGUGCCACGUCCUUCCGUGGGACACUGCCAUCCCCAGGGCUCCAGCCCAGCCCAGUGGAUCCUCUGGGGAAGCCAGGACCAGGAGAGAAGCAAGGUCAAGAAAUGCCACAUUUUGAUGUAUUAAAGAAAUGACUUAUUUUCUACUCAAAAUAAAUGGCAUUGAAGUCUUU